AUGUUUAAAUCCAUAAUAACUAAAUUAAAUAAUAUCCAUUCGUGUGGAUUUCACACGACUUCUUGUUUAAAUGAAGUACAAUUAUUGACUCGACUCCGAGUAGUGGAUAACUCUGAGAUAGGAAAACGAGCGAUGGCGGAGGGCAAACCACCUAAAGUUAUUUGUGUUUACAAUAAAAAGCGUAUUGGCUACAUAGGUGACAGAGUCAUGGUAGCUAUCAAAGGUCAGAAAAAAAAAGGAAUUCUAGUUGGAUUAAAGCAGACACAAAAUGUUAAAGUGCCAAAAUUUGAUAGCAACAAUAUAGUCUUAAUUGACGACAAUGGAACUCCUCUCGGAACUAGAAUCCAUGUUCCGAUACCAACCAUUUUAAGAACAAUUUUAAAGGAAAAAACACAUGCCAAAGGAGCUGAUUAUACUAAACUGUUGGGAAUUGCAACAAGAUUUGUG